AACUAGUAAUAUUAUUUUUAAUUUAAUUAGUGUAACUGGUACAACUAAGUGAUUUUGUGUUGUACAACUUAGUUAUUUAUUCAGUGUAUUUUGUUUGUGUUUUUCAGGUUGAUAGGGAUGAUAUGACCGUAGAAGCUGAUAGACCUGCUGGUUUUUUCUUCAAACCGAGCGACUAUGGAAAGUGUUGCAAGCUCUCCUUAAGGUGCCAUCAACACGAUUUUCUGAAAACGAUUGAAAAGUUUGAGGCCUCAGAGAAGAGUUGGUUUCAGGAUCAUCCUCAGUUCAAGCAUAUAUUCCACAUGGAUUGUACCCCAAUAAGAAAAGUGAUGGGAUUGUGGAUGUUGCUACUUCGUACUAUGCAUACAGGAAAGGGUCGACAAGCUUGGUUUGGGGUAAACGGUGUUCCAAUUAGAUACUCUAUCAGGGAACAUAGCCUCCUCUCUUGUUUAUACUGCCACUCAUAUCCAGAAAACUAUCCGAGCAUAGGGAGCAUGAAGUUUGCGAGAAAGCAUUUUAAGGUGAAGAAGACAAAGGAUGGGAAGGAAAAGGGUCUGCAAGUGACAGAAGCGGAUGUCUUAGAGAAACUUCAGAAGAUGAAGUUUGAUGGUAGUGGCGAUCGUCUGAGGAUGGCGGUUCUUUACUUUCUGGCUAGAGUUUUAUAAGAGGAAGGUUAAAAGGAGGAUACUUCAUUGAGUAUUUCAUUCUCCAAGCAGCAGAAGAUCUGGAGUUUUGCACCGAAUUUCCAUGGGGCCGUUACACAUUUGAUGAUUGCAUGAAGGAGAUUUUUCAUGUGAGGGAUCAGUUUCGUGAUGGGAUCCCAGAGAAGGCACAAUGGGUAUUUCCUGGGUUUAUCAACCCUUUGGAGAUAUUAGCAUUUGAAUGUAUCCCUGUCCUUAGAGAAAGAUUCAGAGAGCCUGUUCCAAACUGUUUUGAUGGUUGUCCAAGAAUGUGCAAAUGGAAGUUCAAGAGGACUGGAACAACAGAAUUUCCACGUGACAUGAUUUAUCGGACGCUAGGAAACACAAAGGAGAUUAUCAGUAUUUUGGAACCACAAGGAUAUGAAGCAGACCUUUUGUAUGAAAUAAUGGAUGAAGGGACUUAUGAAGACUUGGAGCUGAUAGAUGAUUCGGAUACGCCAGACAUAGAUCCUACUAGAACCAGGGAGUAAAAUUUUCUGGCCUUAUCUAUUCGCGAUGGAUGUGAGAACCCAAGAGCAACAAGAGCAAGCAAGAGGCGAGGCAGGAGGCGAGGCAGGGGGCGAGGCAGGAGGCGAGGCAGGAGGCGAGGCAGGGGGCGAGGCAGGUCGUGAGAGUUUAAGAGAAUUAGAGUUGAAGUUGAACAAAAGAAUGGACGAUGGAUUUGCAUUGAGAGACGAAACAAUUCGUCUUCUAGCAGUAAGAGUAAAGGAGUUGGAACAAGACAAGAUUCAGAGAGAAAGUUGGUCAUUCCAGUUUGGUGAAGCUGAAACCGGAUAUGCUUCAGGAGGAAGAAGAAGAGAUAAGGAUGGUGAUGAAGAGGCUGAGAUGCAUGGUGAUAAGGAGGGUGAUGAAGAGGCUGAGAAGCAUGGUGAUAAGGAGGGUGAUGAAGAGGCUGAGAAGCAUGGCUUGGAUGAUUAUGAGGCUGAUAAGGAGGGCGAGGACAAUGGUGACAAGGAUGGUGAUGAGGCAGAGGCUGAGAAGGAUGGUGAUGAGGCUGAGGCUGAGAAGGAUGGUGAGAAACAGAUCGAGGCUGAGGCUGAGAAGUUGAUGCAAGAUACUGACGAGAGAUUUGAUGAUGAUGGAGAUGAGCAAUCUACACUUCAAAUUAUGGCAGGCACUGCAGAGAGAUUUGAGAAGGCUGCUACGGAAAAAACUGCUGCGGACAAGACAAAUGAGGUUUUAGAUGAUGAUGAUGCUUUGGAGAAGGAAGUUGAGGUUGGAGUUGAUGAUUCUUUAGAGGAGGCAGCUUCGGUUGGAGUUGAUGAGAUGCCAAAGAGGGUGCCCAAGCGUUCUCAUUUGUUGAGGUCUCCUUUUACGCCAAACUGAUUUGGCGAAGGGCAUAAACUAUGUUGUUGUUUUUGGAACCUGUAUGCGUUUGUUUUAAAACCUAAAUCCAAACUUGUAUGUGUGUAUUUUAAAACCUAAAACUUGUAUGUGUGUGUGUUUUAAAACCUAAAUCCAAACUUGUAUGUGAGUAAUUGAUUUGGUGGUUGAACA